AUGUCGGUUCUUUCAUCUUCGGACGACGACGAGCAUUACUGCCGAACAAUUGAUAGCUUCCUCCGCCCACUAACCAUCACGGAUGCGGCACUCUAUGAGCUCUCCUACCGCCUGUCGAAGGUCUACCGAACCCUUGCGUUGACGGGAGAUGGCCAUUUCUUCCCUACUCCGGUCACUUGCCUGCCCAGCGGUAGAGAAACGGGCGUCUACCUCGCCGUCGAUGUCGGGAUGACCAACCUAAGAGUCGCUUUUAUCGAGCUGCUAGGUUGCUCGCCAGCUAGUCGUCAUUCUCCCAGUGGUCGAAGUGAUCAAAGUGCCUUCCGAUCAGUAUCCGGCCGAAGAGUACGGAGGACGAUUGAGAAGGCCUGGCGGAUUGAAGAGCGUCUGAAGGAGGAUAAUGAGGAAGCUCUUUUUGGCUGGAUCGGGAGCUGUAUAGCUGAAGUCGUUGCUGAUAAGCUCGCUUCCCAUGAUUCAGCUGAUCAGUCUCUUCCUCGAGAGAUAGAGACUGGCAUAUCAUUCAGCCUGCCUAUACGACAAGAGUCGCUAGACGAAGCAACACUGAUGCCAAUUGGUAAGGGAUUUGCCAUAAAAUCGAACCUCAACCUCCGCAGAGCUGUCCUGGAUGGCUAUGAGCGCCAUUCUUACCAGCCCAACCAUGGUCAACGACAGCCUCAGACCAAACGACGCAAAACGUACGCCCUGCCAGGUCUUAACGUCAUAGCCAUAGCCAACGACACAGUGGCAACUCUGGUCUCACUCGCAUACGCAGUUAAAUCCCUGCCAAACACCAGGGUGGCUAUGGGAAUCGUUGUUGGCACUGGCUGUAAUGCUACUAUCCCCAUGAAGCUGAAGGACCUGCACCAGACAAAGGCCCGUCAGAUACGUUCAUAUUGCCCUAAAGCAACGGAGGCUGUUAUCAGCACAGAGUGGACGCUCCAGGGGACUGAGGGCCCCUUGAAGGAGUUGUCAAUCAGCACAGCAUGGGAUGAUCAAUUGAGCGCAUGCUCAGUCCGGCCGGGCUUCCAGCCAUUUGAAUACAUGACUGGUGGUAGAUACAUUGGAGAACUCAUUCGUAUCAUAGUUUAUGACUACUAUACCACAGUCAUGUCCUACCCCUCUGCCGUCCUCCCUUGCGCCCUUACGAAGCCCUACGCGCUCACGAUCGACUUUGUCUCCGAUGUCAUCGCUACCUCCCGAUCAGACAGCGAACUAGCCGCCAGACUUAGCCGAAAGCUUGCUUCACCAGUUAAGAACUCAUGGCUCUGGACUCCGGCGUCUGCCCGUGUCCUGCGAGUCACUGCUUCUGCUGUUCAAACCCGCUCGGCCGCCUUGAUCGCAGCAGCGUCAGUUGCCUUACUGGCAUGCAACCAUGAAAUACGUCUCGAGUGCCCGCAGAGAUGCACCUCGCUGGGCAAGCUGCAUUGCGCCACUUCCCCGUACCAGAACCCCCUUCUUCUACCGACAUCAAGGUCGACUGUGAACUGGCAGCGAGGCCCCGAGGAGCUGGUCGUGGCAUAUACGGGGAGCAUCAUUCAGCAUUAUCCCAACUUCAAGGUACUGUGUCAGGGAUAUAUUGACCGACUGGUUAUUCGAGCUGGGCCGCAGGAUGGCGGGAAGAGUGUUCUUUUGCGAGAGGCAACUGAUGGAUCAAUUAUUGGAGCUGGUGUUUUGGCUGGAAUGAUCGCAACAGGACGAAAUCUGUGGAAUUAG